AUGCAGGUGCUCAUUGCCGUACUGAGCUUCGUCGACAUUGUCGCGCUCACGUUCCUCAAUGGCUAUUGGCUGAUCACGCUCGAUGAACUGGAGCUCGACCACUUGAACCCGGCGGAUGUCGCCCAGCGCCUGAACAAACUCGUCUACCCAGAGAUGAUCUUGCACGGCGUCCUCAUGUUCUUUUGUCUACUGGCGUGGGCCCCGUGGAUCUUCCUGAUGAACCUCCCGAUUGCCGUGUGGCACGCCCGACGUGUCCUGCGCAAGGAACAUUUGAUCGACCCGACAGAGAUUUUGCGCUAUAAGAAGCUCCAGCAGGCUCGCGUGGAAUCAAUUGCCAGGACGGUGUUCUACGGCCUGCAGAUCGUGUACGGCAUGUUCUGGAUGGUGUCAGCGAUCGUGGCUUCGGCCAAGGACCGAAAGAACAACAAGCGCGCAUAG